AUGUCGGCCGUCAAUAAUGAGAACGAGAACGACACGGAUGCCUACGACGUGUGGGCCACCAGGGCCAGAAGCAAGCAUGAAACAAUUCAUCGAAAAGAUCUUCUAAGAAAGGGAUCAGAAGCAACUAACAUUAAUCUGACCAAAACGUCGCAGCAACGGCAACAUCUUGGAGAUGUUUCUCUGCAAUUUGGUAUAUCCCGCCCUGCUGCUCGUCCCGUCACGCGCCGAAAACCUCUUGAGGAGGUCAGCAGUUUACAUGGUGAUCUUAACUCUCGUAAAGAUAUAAGAUAUGCACCCGCAAGUUCUAGAGAUAUAGAUUGCUCCACUUCAGAGUCAGACGCCGGUCCGGUACUGGCAACGACACAUGAGGUUGCUAAAUCGCAAGAACAAGUACUUCCUAAGAAGAGACAAGCAACUGAAUCAAGCACCAAUCUUGUGGAAAAACUCCACGUUUCAAAUGAAGAUAAUGUCACUAAAUUCAAGAAAUCAAAGCGGGUAGACUAUGAAUGGCAAGAUCUAGACGAGGAAGACCAUGAUGAUCCGUUGAUGGUGAGUGAGUAUGUCAGUGAGAUUUUUCCCUACCUACAUGAGCUUGAACACAAGACCUUGCCAAAUCCCAAUUACUUGUUUGAACAGACGCAACUCAAGCCAAAAAUGCGCUCUAUCUUGGUGGACUGGCUUGUGGAAAUGCACCAAAAGUUUCGUUUAUUGCCCGAGACACUUUUUUUAGCAAUCAACAUAAUGGAUAGGUUCAUGUCGGUGGAGUCUGUUCAAAUUGACAAGUUACAGCUACUAGCAACCGGCUCAUUGUUCAUUGCCGCAAAGUACGAGGAGGUCUUCUCUCCCUCCGUAAAGAAUUACGCUUACUUCACUGAUGAAUCCUAUACAGAGGAUCAAAUUCUUCAGGCCGAAAAGUACAUUCUAACGAUCUUGAACUUCGACCUCAACUAUCCAAACCCCAUGAACUUCCUACGUCGAAUCUCUAAAGCAGACGACUAUGAUGUGCAACUGAGGACACUCGGCAAAUACCUCCUCGAGAUCUCAAUCAUUGAUUAUAAGUUCAUUGGCAUGCUCCCGUCUCUUUGCUCAGCAUCUGCGAUGUACAUAGCGAGACUCAUCCUUGGAAAAGAUCCGGUUUGGAAUGGAAAUCUCAUAUACUACUCCGGUGGCUACCGUGUUGAUGACUUAAGAGAGUGUGUGGAGCUUAUCGUUCAAUACCUCAUAUCGCCGGUCGAGCACGAUGAGUUCUUCAAAAAGUAUGCAACAAGAAAGUUUAUGAAGGCUAGCAUUGUCUGCAGAAGCUGGGCGAAGAAGUUUGUCGCUGAAAAGAGAGACCUCUUUGAUGAGCUGCUUAUCACCGAGAAAAUUGCCAAAUAA